ACGGGGUGAGUUAUGAGCAUUUAAAUAGUUAUCAAAAAUCAUUCCUGAAGAACAUUUAAGAGCAUUGUUCUGGCCUGGUCACGGAACAUAUUCAUUGCUGGGCAUACGGACGAGCCCGUCUGAGGUCUGGGAACACGCCGCGGCCCCACGGCAGCCGAGUGCUCCCACCCGGGCUGGCAGCACGUCCCACCAGCACGAACCCAGCCGGGCACCGCCGCUCGCCUGCGUUUACAAACAGGCCAUGCCUCUGACCUCAGUUUACAAACAACCACAGUUUCAAUCCCACUUUAAAGACAAUCUCGACUUUAAGCAGGGCAGGAGCCCCCUCGAAGACCGCAUGACCAAGGCGUCGCAAACAACACCGGCGCUGCCGUUCACACCCCUCCGGACUACCCCGGGGCUGCCGAGCAGGACAGAGGCGGCGGGAAUCGAGCAAAAGAAAAGACCGGAAUAAGACACAGGCCGCCGCCACUCCAGGAGCUGCGGGCCCCGAUCGGGGGCGGUCGCACGGGACACCGGGCCCCGCCCGGCUCCCGCCUGCCCUCCUCCCCACUCUGGCCCGCCCCGCUAUGAGGCGGACGGUGGCUCCGUGCUGCAGCCGGCAUGGAGCGACUGGGGUGACGCGGCCGGAUGGAGAGGUACCCCGCCUGGGGGGUAUUGUUUGCACCUUCCCUGCUCCUCUUUCUGGCAGCAGAAGAUUGUUUGGCUCAGUGUGAUAAUGACUGCAAGGCUUACUGCUGUGAUGGGACUACUCCCUACUGCUGUUCAUAUUAUGCCUACAUUGGGAAUGUCUUUUCAGGCACAGCGAUAGCUGGAAUUGUUUUCGGCAUCGUAUUUAUAAUGGGAGUGAUUGCUGGGAUUGCCAUCUGUAUCUGCAUGUGCAUGAAAAGCAACCGUGAGACUCGAGUAGGGGUCAUCCGAACAACACACAUCAACACCAUCAACACAUACCCAGUGGCUCCACCACCAUACAGUUAUGAAUAUGAAAUGGAGUACCCAGCUGACCUACCUCCACAAUAUACUCCAGCCCCACAGACUGUGAUACAGUAUCUUCCACCCCCUCCAUACCCUGGAUAUUCAGGGAAAUAAUUAACAUGGCUUCACAUGGAUAUUGACUGCCUCUUGAAAAAGCCAGCGCUGCUGGGACAAUGCUAUUGGCUCAGGGACAAAUAGGAUUGGGUUUUGCAUCAACACAUGUGGCUAGGUGUUGAAAUAAACUGGAACAGUUGCCAAGGCUCAGGAUGAAUGAAAAUAGUGUCCACUCUGGACCAUCACAUUUCAUGAUUAAACAACACGUGACCAAAGAAACAGUUCCUAAAAGUUGGUAUGUGAUGAUUAGUGCUCAACACCAGUUCUUAGUUUCACCUGCAGCACAUGGGAGUGGGGGUUUUCCCACAUAGGAAUGUGCAAAUGGUUCAACAAACUGUUUCAAAAGCACAAGAGGGUGCUGGGGCUUAUUCUGAAGGGAAGCACCAAUUGUUGUCUUGAGGUAACAGCUAUGCCUUUCCUUGAAUUGAGGGGAAUAAGCAACAAGAAAGACUGAAACUGUUUUCUGUUUCUACUUCCAGCUUAUAAUACCCAAUGAUCACUGUGCAUAGUGGUCUGAUAACCAUGUUACAAGGAGAAGUGCUGGUAGAGUUUUCUACUAAUUAAAAAAUUAUGGGUAUUAUUUUUGGCCGAGUGUGGAUUUUUUAAGUGCCUCUUUUUAAGCAGUUUGUGACUACUUUAUGAACUGAAAUGUUAACAUAAGGAGAAUUUUUGUAUGUGAAAUAUACUAAUUUAUAGCUGAUCUAUUUUUACCUGGACUUAAAACCUGUAUACAUUGGAAAUAUGCUGAAAUGCCUUUUAUAUCAGCAAAUGAUACUUUGAGUUUCAUAUAAAAAUACUGAAUCAGCAGAACUCACAAAUGGGAGAUAAAAUGCAAAACAAAAUGUCCUAGAUUUGACAUCAGUUCAAUUGCAUAAAGCCAGGGUUUUAAAAAUUUUAUUUACCAGUAAUGAGGCUAUCCAGCCUUAGCAAAGAGAUGAGGAUGGAGACUGUGAGCAUCUGAUUACUUUUGAGUGUGUCUUGGGCAAUUUAAAACUGUAGGUCAAAAAGUAAUACUUUUUACACUUGUCAUGCAUGUUGUUCCAACUUACUUAUUCUCUACUAUAUGCAGUCCAGAUCUUGGUGAUUGAAAAUUUUUCAUGUACUUAUGCAGGUAACUGUAAUUCUGCAGCAGCUAUUUGACUUCAGAAUAGUGUAUUCCAUUACCUAAGUCAUCAUCUUUCAGUGUUAAGACUAUUAUUUUUCUCAGGUUUAUAUGCAAACCACAAAGAGUGGGCCUUGUCAAGAAUUUAAAAGUGCUGAAUGCUCUUGGUUUGAGUGGGUGUCUGAGCAGUUUGAGAAUGCUACAGCUGUGGCAUCAACUGCAGGUUACUCCUGGUUCACAGAGAUCAGAAUGCAUUUAAGUGUUUUCCAGUGUAGCCUUUCUCUUCUUUUCAAGUGUAUUGAUGUAGUAACAAAUAAAAAAAGCAAUUUGCAAAAAGGAGAUACUGUAUCCCAGUGAAAUCAACCUCUCAUAAUCUCUGAAGUCUGGUGGUUUUGGUAUUCAGUCCUGAUUCAGGGAAGAACUCAAGCAACAUUUAACUGAGCAUAAAAUUUAUUCAGAGGCAUUCUUGAAACAAGACCUUACUGACUGUUCUUGCUCAGAUUUUGCAGUCGUAUUUGUCCUUUCCAGGCUGACUAAACUUACCCCCUUGAAACUCCACUUCAAAAGUGCAAAUGGCCUCAGUCCCUGCCAGUGUAAGUUCAGGUCUGUGUUGUAGCCAUUGGCCACACCGAGUCCCCAAGCUACCAAGGCACUUGUGACCUAGUCAGAGGAAAUCUGAGCUGUGUCUCAGGUGUUUGGUUGCUGUUUGGUUACUCCCUGGAGUCUUCUCUAAGAAAGGAGAGUUGCAUUCUCAUUUCUGUUUUGCUGUUCAGAGGUGACAAGUCCUGAACUGGCUUAUCCUUACAAUUACUUAUGCUCUGGGUAUGUCCUGUGACAUUUCAGCUGUUACUCUGGCCUCUCAAGAGAUCCCAAUUGAAAUCUUCUCAUGAAGAGUAACCCUCUGUGUGUGGUGUUUUGGCAGUCCCUACUCAAAACCAUGUGCUGGGGUGUUGAUGUGCCUGCCAACAUGGUGACCAGCAUGCAGAACAGAAUAAACAUAGCUUUUCCUGCAGAGAACCCUGUUCCUACUGCAUCAUUCUAUGCUAGAACAUCAGCACUUUCUAGUUGUGAAUAAUAUUUUGGUGCCAAAAAGUUACCUACAGAUAAUAAGUAUUGUUGCUUUCCCAUUUCUGUGUUUCAUUUCUUUGUGCUGAACUUGGAGACACACAAAUCAAUGAGCAGUUUGUAUUUGAGUAAUUCAAUCUUCUGAAAAAUACAGAGAAAGAAAACUAUCCUAUAGAUCAUAAAUCUUCCCUUAGAGAAGUAAUUUUUCUACCUGUGACAUUUGUCAGAACAAAUUAGGAAACAGAUUUCUUGCAUAAGAAGGAAUUUCCAAGACUACAGGUCUUUGACCACAGAGUUUUCUGUUUUUCAGCUUUGUGAUUGCAUGUUUCCUCUGAUGAUGUUGCGUAAAGGACAUAGUGACCAAAGUACCUACAAGGUUUACAUUACUUAUUCCAGGGAAAAUUACGGAAAUGGGAAGUUGAGAAUGUAGAAGUGAUUGAGAGCUAUUUGUUUGUGAUUAAAACAGCAGUGGGAAUGUUCAUUUUUGUAUGUUAGUUAAUGCUGUGCAGAUCCACAUAUACUAGGGCAUACCAGACAGUGGUUUUAAUCUCUGAACAACACAUCUCUUUUCCUUGCUAAGGGCAUAAAACAUAAAGGUAUUGCCCUUUCAGCAAACCAGACAAAAUUAGUAGAGUAGCCUAAAAGAUGUGAUGAUUGCAUUGAAAAUAAGUAAAAGUGAGAAAAAUUGAGAGCUGGAUGGAGUCUAAGAAAUUUAUAAAACUGAAAGAAUAGAACAAAAAAAGUUGCUGUGUAACAAAUGGAAGCAUUUGACAAUAGUAAAGUUCUAUUACUUGAGUUUAGUUGAAAAAAUUGAAGUGUUCCACUGCCAGAAAGGUGAUGCAAGAAGGCUGGAGUGGCACUUAUAUUCACAAGAGCUUGUAGAGGAAAAGGGAGAAUGAUUUCCAAAGACAGUUAGAUUAGAUCCUAGAGAUCUAAUCCUAGAGAAUGGUCAGACACUGACACAGGUUGCCCAUAGAAGAUGUGGAUGCCCCAUCCCCAGAGGUGUCCAAGGCCAGGUUGGACAGGGCUUUAAGUAACCUGGGCUAGUGGAAGGUGUCUCUGUCAGACAGGCAGAAGGAUGGAAGAGGAUGAUUUCUAAAGUCCCUUCCAACCCAAAUCACUCUAUGGUACCAUGAUUCUUUGUGCUCAAAAAACAUCUCUG